AUGAACAGCAGCACAUUUGUUAUCGACGAGUUUCAACUGUACCCAGAGAAUGCCAAGUUUGAUUUCAACCGUUGCUUGGUCUACUUCGGCGUCCUCUUUAACGCCUCGGUCGGAGUCUUUAACCCAUACACAAAAGACCUGGAGACCAUCCUCCUGCCCGGGAUCUCUGGCGACCCAGCCCUUCAUCUUGGCCCGGCACUGUCCGACGCGCAGGGGCACUUGACCGUCCUCGUCGACGCCGGCGCCGCCUUCAACACCGCAGGGCAGGACGUCUCCGGCGCCAACAUCGUCCUUAAGUACGACUUCGACCAGCGGGAGGUCAUCUGGCAGCGCAACAUCACGGAGCUGAUCACCCAGGGGGCGUGGGGCGGGUUCCAGGACGUGGAGCACGACAAGGACGGGAACAUCUACAUCGUCGGCACGUACCCGGGGACGGUUCUGCGCGUGGACAAGGACGGCAACGGGCUCAAGCCGUGGUUCCUCCCGCCCGCGGACGAGCUGGCCAACACCACCAACGCCGGGUUCGGCGGCCUGGCCUCGAUCCGCGAGCGCGACGUGCUGCUGACCAACAACAACGCCGACGGCCAGAUCUACCGCUUCGACGGGGUCAGCGGGAGCGAGACGGGCACGCCGGUGCUCAUCCCGCGCACGGGGCCCAACGGCACGCAGCCGUCGGCGCCCAUUGGCUUCAGCGACGCCGUGCUCCUGCCGGCCAAGUACAACAACACGAUCCUGCUGGUCGCCGAGGACGCCGCGGGCGUGUGGGUCAUCAGGUCGCAGGACGGGAAGUGGGAGAGCGCAGAGACGCUGGGCCUGGUCUCCAACAACGUCCCCGAGGCCCAGGGCGGCCAGGUCCCUGCUGCUGUCCAGAUCGGGCCCGACGCCUUGUUCAGCCUCGAGGAGUUCUUUGCGGAUCCGAUUGUGGAGAGCACUAACGCCGGGAGCAGAAGUGCGUUCCCGAUCGUGAGUAUCUCUGCACAGGUGGAUGACUUGGUGCGCAAGUCUCGAUAG